AUGGGCUCGACGUCGGACUUUUUUGGUAGUCCGCAAUUUCAGAAAUGGGAUAAAAUUGCCACUCAAGCUUUUGGUGGUGACAAGAAGGUACGCGACAGGAUAAUGUACGAGAUCCUGUUGGAUUAUCACGGCAUCGAAAUGCUCUUCACAUUUCUCAGUGGUGGGAAUGAUUUGUCUAAGACUUUGAAAAUUCGCCAGCGUUUUGAUGCUGCAUUUCUUGACAGUUUGAGUCUUCGUAGCACCAGUGAUGAAUCUGAAACAUUGAUCUUGUGGUGGCUAAACUCUAAGAAAGAGUCCGAAGGGCGACUCGCAUGUAAACUUUUCAUUGAAAAAUUUGGGCGCUCGCCUCUUUCAAGUUGA